AUGGUGGUGCACUCAUGGCUGCUCGUGCCUUACUUCUCCUGGAAGUACAGCCACCGUCGCCACCACAGCAACACAGGCAGCCUGGAAAAUGACGAGGUGUUCGUGCCCAAGCGCAGGGAGGAGCUGACGCCAGUAUCAGAGUACCUGCAGCACCCCUUUGGCCGCGUGCUCUCCAUCCUCGUCACGCUCACCCUCGGCUGGCCGCUCUACCCUCGCCUUCAACAGCGGUUCUGGGUGGUUGUCAGCGAUCUGGGGCUGCUGGGAGUGCUCGGGUGCCUCUACUCCCUCGGCUCUGCCUAUGGCCUCGCGUGGGUGCUCAAGGUGUACGUGUGCCCUCUUCUGAUUGUCAACAUGUUCCUGGUGCUCAUCACGCUGCUGCAGCACACGCACCCCGCCCUGCCACACUUUGACUCAUCCGAGUGGGACUGGCUGCGAGGGGCGCUCGCCACUGUCGACCGCGACUACGGCUACCUCAACAUCGGUGAGUAG